CUGACUGUCUGCUUUAUUUGAAAUAAUAAUUUAUGUUAAACGAUGUAACGGGAUAUAUAAUAAGAAAACCUCUGCAUUAGCUGUCAGUUGACACUUAUCGCGCUAUACGACUUCGCUAUCUGCUGAGUAUGCUGCUGAAUUUCUCACUAAAAAAAGAACGGACUUUGAUUUCAGCAGAAGCCAUUCUGAUUGCUAAAAAAAAAAAAUACAUACAAACAUUCAUUGAAUUUUUAAUUUUAUUCAUUUAAAAUUAAAGUCUAGAAUUAAAUAUCCAGAUAAAAAAAAGUUCAGAAUUCACAUACAAAGUAAAAAUAACACGAAUUAGUUACUGUUAUAAAAUAUGCCCAAUCCUUCAGACAUCUUAAUUAAGCUUGACCGAAUUAUUGAAAUGUUAAAAACUACUUUUUGAAUCUGCGUUUCUCAGAACUUUUUUCUUGCUAAGCGCUAGAUGGUUCAGAUUAUUUAUCUCAUUGGACGUUGAUGAUAAACAGUAUGAUAAUUGUGUAAGACUAAACCGUAAGAAUGCGUGAAGUUCAUGGGAAGUCAUCCCUCGUGGCAUAAGAUACGUUUUAAUCGCACGUGCUCAGCAAAGUAGACGAUAAUCUUGAACCCGCAUAUAAAGGUACGGUGCAUUAUGUAGACGGCACUGCUAUUAGCGCGAAGGGAGAUCCCCUAAAGACGAUCCACAGUAUAUAAGAAGAUAAGUUUGCCCGCUCGCGACAAAAGGUGUUUAGACCGCUUGAGUGAAUUAAUCCGCGAGUGAGAGAAGUAUUUAAGAAGCGCUUAACGACUUUGAGAAAAAAUAAUAUUAACCACACAAUUAAUAUCAACGAUGGCGUUCGAUCACAAAUUCAUCAUUUGCUUCGUUGUCACCAUUGUGUAUCUAGCAAAAACCGAACGUAUUGGACAUAAUUUUCCCCCUUACGAUUUCAGGGGAAAUUGGGGAAUAUAUAAAUCUUCGUCAACUCUUUCUCCAUACAUUCAAAACACACCUCCUUCCAUACAUCACCACCAAAAUACACCUUCCAUACAUCACCAUCAAAAUACACCACCAGUACCACCGCCAAGUGUUGAAGUAAAGUGCAUUCAUGAUCAUUACGUUGUCUUUAGUUUCUCUAACGUUGGUCUUCAAAAAAUCGGUCGAGAUUUUAUCGAUAGCAAUGACAUUAUUAUCCUCAGUAUCGAUAACAAUAACAUAAGCGAUAUCUCACCAUUCGCCUUCCGCAAGAUGCGGAAUUUGGAGUAUCUGGAUCUUUCCGGAAAUAGAAUUCCAAAAGAGAAGCUAUUGUCGUUGGCAAGAAGUACCAAUCUGCAGACAUUGAUUAUCGACAACAAUAGAGAUUCCCAUGAGCCCACUACAGAAACCCUGAAGGAGUAUGAGGUUUUUCCGAAUUUGAAACAUCUGCGUCUAUGCAACAGUCAAUUACGAAAUUUUCAAGUGCACUUUUAUCUGGCAACACCUAUUCUAACUCAUUUACAUCUGAGCAAUAACAGCAUCGAUUCCAGUGAAGCUGUUUUCGACAAUAUUCCGGCAACGUUGACUCAUCUUCAUAUAAACAAAAAUUUUAUUGAUCGGGUCAAACAAGGCAAACUUAGGCACCUGCAAGAACUCAUCAUGGACGACAACUUAAUUACCCAAGUAUGCUUUGAGGAAUGCAAAGACGAAUCCAUAUCGUUGAAAGACGCUUUCGAAAUGCAGAAUCUGUCUUUAUCCAGGAAUCUGAUCUCAGAGAUAUCACUCGACGCCUUCAGUGACACGACUCGCCUCCUGAUGUUAGAUCUAUCAGGCAAUAAGAUCGCCGAUGUGGCCAAGGGCACGUUUAAUAAUACUAGAAUGAUACGUAAUCUCUCUCUGGCGGAUAACAUCCUUGUUACUGUACCGGAUGUUUGCCCGAUGUUAUACCUGAAUCACCUGGAUCUGUCUGGAAAUCGUAUCAGCGCAGUACACUCCGACGCUUUCUGCAACUUCCUGAGGAAUCUCGAGUAUUUAUAUCUGUCGAACAAUGUUAUAACCACCAUUGAAACCCGAGCUUUCCGUAACCUGCUGAGCCUAAAGUAUUUGGACCUCUCCGGAAAUCGCCUCAGGCAGCUUCCGGCGCAUUGGUCUUCGUGGUACAUCCAAGAGCUGCAUCUCGAACGAAAUAACUUCACCGAGCUGGACCACUUAUCGUUGAUGAACAUUAAGGAGCUAAAGAAUAUUUAUCUUGAUGAAAAUCCCAUGCCAGCAUUGAAGGCAGAAUCUUUCCACUCACUUCCGGGACAUUUAAGAGUACAUUUAAGGAAUAUGCGUGUUGAAAAUGAAUGCGCACAGUGUCUAUGCGAUAAUGAUGAAGACGACGAUGAUGAAAAAAAUGGGGAAGAUGAGGAUAAUGAUAACGCUAUUUACUAAAUGAGGGUAAUGAUUUUUUUUGCCAUAUAGAUGUACUGCACAAAUAAUCAAAUUUCAGUAUCACAUGAUACUUAUUUAGUUUUA